UCCCCAGCGCCGAGCCGUCUCUCCGCCCCCGCCGCUGCCAUGGCGGCAGCUCCGCCGCUUUCCAAGGCCGAGUAUCUGAAGCGUUAUUUGUCCGGGGCAGAUGCCGGCGUCGACCGGGGGCCUGAGUCCGGCCGCAAGCGCCGCAAAAAGCGGCCGAAGCCUGGUGGGGCCGGCGGCAAGGGAAUGCGGAUUGUGGAUGAUGAUGUGAGCUGGACAGCUAUCUCCACAACUAAACCAGAAAAGGAGGAAGAGGAAGAUGAUGGAGAUUUGCCUGUGGUGGCAGAGUUUGUGGAUGAGCGACCGGAAGAGGUGAAGCAGAUGGAGGCUUUUCGUUCCAGUACCAAAUGGAAGCUUCUGGGAGGCCACAAUGAAGACCUACUCUCACAUGGGCAUUUUCGUCAUGAUACCCCAGAUUCAUCUCCUAGGAGAGUCCAUCAUGAUACACCGGAUUCAUCUCCUAGGAGGGCCCAUCAUGACUCCCCAGAUCCUUCUCUCCUCAGAGGGGCUUGUCAUGACUCAGACACAUCUCCCAGGAGGAUCCGUCAUGACACCUCAGACACUUCACCCCCAAGGAGGGCCCGUCAUGAUUCUCCCGAUCCUUCUCCCCCCAGGAAGCCUCAGCAUAAUUCUUCAGGUGCAUCUCCUAGGAGAGCCCAUCAUGAUUCACCAGAUCCCUCUCCUCCUAGGCGAGCCCGUCAUGAUUCACCAGAUCCCUCUCCUCCUAGGCGAGCCCAUCAUGAUUCACCAGAUCCCUCUCCUCCUAGGCGAGCCCGUCAUGAUUCACCAGAUCCCUCUCCUCCUAGGCGAGCCCGUCAUGAUUCACCAGAUCCCUCUCCUCCUAGGCGAGCCCGUUAUGAUUCCUCAGAUACCUCUCCCCCCAGAAGGGCCCAUAACAACUCCCCUGACACAUAUAAACCUAGGAGGACUCUUGGCUCUUCAGACACACAGCAACUCAGAAGGGCUCGUCAUGACUCCCCUGAUUUGGCUCCUAAUGUCACUCAUUCCGUGCCCAGAACCAAAAGUAGUAAAGCCCCAGAAAGAGCCUCUAGCAAGACUUCUUCACAUUGGAAGGAGUCAGGAGCCUCUCAUUCGUCACUCCCAAAGAACAGCAAAUAUGAGUAUGACUCUGACCUCUCUCCUCCACGAAAAAAGCAAGCAAAAUCCCAUUUUGGAGAUAAGCAGCAGCUUGAUUCCAAAGGUAACUGCCAGAAAGCAACUGAUUCAGACUGUUCUUCUCCACGGCAUAAACAAAGUACAGGGCACCAGGAUUCUGAUUCAGAUCUGUCACCUCCACGGAAUAGACCUAGGCACCAGAGCUCUGAUUCUGACCUCUCUCCACCAAGGAGGAGACAGAGGACCAAAUCUUCUGAUUCUGACCUGUCCCCACCUCGAAGGAGUCAGCCUCCUGGAAAGAAGGCUGCAUACAUGUAUUCUGGGGCUAAAACUGGGUUGGUGUUAACUGACAUACAGCGAGAGCAGCAGGAGCUCAAGAAACAGGACCAAGAAACCAUGGCAUUUGAAGCUGAAUUUCAAUAUGCUGAAACUGUAUUUCGAGAUAAGUCUGGUCGUAAGAGGAAUUUGAAACUCGAACGUUUAGAGCAAAGGAGGAAAGCAGAAAAGGACUCAGAGAGAGAUGAGCUGUAUGCCCAGUGGGGAAAAGGGCUUGCCCAGAGCCGGCAACAGCAACAGAAUGUGGAGGAUGCAAUGAAAGAGAUGCAGAAGCCUCUGGCCCGCUAUAUUGAUGAUGAAGACCUGGAUAGGAUGCUAAGAGAACAAGAAAGAGAGGGGGACCCCAUGGCUAACUUCAUCAAGAAGAAUAAGGCCAAGGAGAACAAGAAUAAGAAAGUGAGACCUCGCUACAGUGGUCCAGCACCUCCUCCCAACAGAUUUAAUAUCUGGCCUGGAUAUCGCUGGGAUGGAGUGGACAGAUCCAAUGGAUUUGAACAGAAGCGCUUUGCCAGGCUUGCCAGCAAGAAAGCAGUGGAGGAACUUGCCUACAAAUGGAGUGUUGAGGAUAUGUAACUUUCCUGAGGCUGUGGGGGUGGCAGGGCUGUGGUAGUGGGCAUAGGCAGUGAGAUAUCCAGAGGUAACAGUUGUCUGUGGUAAUAAUUGGAGCCCACACAGACCAGAAACUUGUUGAAUGCCAGUUUUGACCACAGAAGAGUAUUUGAGACCUGAUGUUUGGACUGAGGUACCUGUACUUCCUGGGUGUGACAGCACCGGCUAUUGCUGGCUUUCAGAAGAAGCAUUGAUUUCUCAGUGUACCAGGGUUUGUUCUUGGUUAAGGUUUUUCUUUUUUAAAUAAACAUACAUUUAUUUUUUUAAAAUUA